AUGGAGGAGGCGCGGCGGCGGGCGCUGCGGCGCUGCCGGGUGCGGCUGGUGGCGGCGCUGCGGGUGGCGCCGCUCUGGGCGCCGCUGGAGGCGCGCGGCGUCUUCACCCGCGCCAUGGUGGAGGAGCUGCAGAGCGCCGGCACCCGAAGAGAGCAAGCCCGGCAGCUGGUCAUCGACCUGGAGACGCGAGGGAAGCAAGCGUUUCCGACCUUCGUCUCCAUCCUGCGGGACACCGGGCAGGGUGAGCUCGCAGACCUGCUGAGCGAGGCCUGCGAGCUCCCGCUGGGGCAGCCGGCGGACGUGACGCCCGUCGAACUGGACGUGGGUGGAGAGACGCGCGAGAAAAGUGCGAGCGCUUUGGAGCGCGUCCCCGUUCCGGUUCAAGACGUGAGCGACAGACUUCGAACGCCUCCUGCAGCGCCCAGGGGUGAGCGGUCUUCCGACGGCCGGAGCUCUCGGCCGCCUCUCGGUUCCCCGGCCGUCUUGGCCACGCGUCUCCAGACGCCUUCCAGCACGGGGAAGGGGGGCAAUUCCUCUGUUUUGUGUGUUGUAGGCUCAGCUGUUGACAGCUUGAGGAGGAACUCCGAUCUGGUUUAUGAUCUGAAAGCAGAUCCUUGCGGAUACUGCCUGAUCCUCAACAACGUCAACUUCAGCAGAGACUCCGAGCUGUCAACUCGAACUGGCUCCAACAUAGACUGUGAGAAACUGGAGAAACGUUUCAAGUCAUUGCACUUCAGUGUCCUGACUCGGCAGGAUCUCAAAGCUCAGGAAAUUGUUUGGGAGCUGCGGAAGCUGGCGAGGCUGGACCACAGCGCCUUGGACUGCUGCCUCGUGGUGAUCCUUUCCCAUGGCUGUCAGACAAGCCAUAUUCAGUUUCCUGGAGGGAUUUAUGGAACAGAUGGAAAAGCCAUUCCAGUUGAAAAGAUUGUGAACUAUUUCAAUGGGUCCCACUGCCCGAGUUUGAGAGGAAAACCCAAACUCUUCUUCAUCCAGGCCUGUGGUGGAGAGCAAAAAGAUCAAGGCUUUGAAGUGGAAUCCGAUUCACCUGGAGACGAAGCUCCCAGGGCUUCUGCAGAGUUCGAUGCAACCCCUUUUCAGGCUUCAUCAGGUGCCUUAGACGAGCCCGAUGCCGUAGCCAGUCUGCCCACACCCAGUGACAUCUUGGUGUCCUAUUCAACUUUUCCAGGUUUUGUCUCUUGGAGGGACAGACUGAGCGGCUCGUGGUACGUGGAAACGCUGGACGAUGUGCUGGACCGAUACGCCCAUUCCGAAGACCUGCUGAAUAUGUUACUGCGGGUGGCGCACGCCGUAUCUGCCAAGGGCAGGUACAAGCAGAUCCCAGGCUGUUUCAACUUCCUCCGGAAAAAGUUCUUCUUCAUGCACAAAUGACUUCUGGGCUUCGAGGUCCCUGCCGAACCCGAGAAUCGCUUCCCUGAGGCUGGACGAAGCUUGCGCCCGCCGCGACUCGGAAUCGGUGCUUCUGGCGGCCUGCGUCCGCGGAGAUGUUCGCCUCGAGUAACGGGACUUUGCGAAUGCUGCGAUUCCCGUGAAUCGGCAGUAAGACGCGGGCUGCCGGUCUCCCGCUAGGAAGCGCUGGGGGCGCAGAAGGGGUGUUUGGAGGACUCCCCUGCCCUAGGCCUGGGGCCUGUUUGCAGAGGGCGGCGCCGCCAGCUCGCAGGAAUUCAGCGGCGACUGCACAGCGUUUUACUGCAAAACGUGGCUUUUUAGGCUGGUGGUUACGAUGUUUGUGUCGUCCGGGUAACGAGUAACUGAGCCGAACACUAGUGUCGGGGGCGGGGGGGCGUUUUACAACGGGUAUUUCUCUUUUUCAAU